AUGGACGAAAAGAUAGCUCGGCCGCUUGACGUUGUCAUCGAAGGGCAUGAGAAGGUUUUAGCUUCAACAACCCCUGAGAGCCCUCUAGAAAGGUGGAACGGAACUCGUACCAAUGCUUUCCGCUUCAGCGUGACGCUGCUGAGCUUCACGAUCAUGGGGAUGAAUGAUGCGGCAAUAGGGGCCUUAAUCCCAUAUAUAGAAACCUACUACAACGUCACGUACACCGUUGUGGCCUUGCUGUUUCUCUCGCCAUUCGUUGGAUAUGUCAUUGCCGCGCUUUCUAACAACCUGAUCCACAACCACUUUGGCCAACGUGGUGUCGCCGUGCUAGGCCCCUUGAGUCGCAUCGUUGGCUAUAUACCUUUGGCCUUACACCCGCCGUACCCUGUACUCCCCGUUGUUCUCUUAUUCACCGGUCUAGGGAACGGGCUUGAGGAUAGCGCUUGGAACGCCUGGGUUGGUAAUAUGCGAAAUGCGAACGAACUCUUGGGCAUUCUUCAUGGCGCUUACGGGGUUGGGGGGACUAUCGGCCCGCUCAUUGCCUCUGCUAUGGUAACCAAGGGGCAGAAAUUGCCGUGGUAUGCCUUUUACUACGUGAUGAUAGGAGUCACGGUCGUUGAGUUUGCCGUGGCACUGACGGCGUUUUGGGGGGCAACCGGCGAUGUUCAUCGACAAACUCAUCAGCCAUCCACGAACGGCGGGAGAACAACAACCCGCACAGUUCUGAAGAAACCAAUCACUUGGCUUCUUGCUCUUUUCCUGCUUGGUUACGUUGGAGCUGAGGCGGAACCCUUCUUGGCUGGCGUUACUGUGGUUCUGUUCUGGCUUGGACUCACGAUCGGUCGAGUGAUACUAGGUUUUAUCACAGGAAGAAUCGGAGAGAAACGUGCUAUUGCCAUCUACCUUGUGCUCUCCGUGGCCCUGGAGUUGCUCUACUGGUUGGUGCCUAGCUUCGUAGCUUCCAUUAUUUUUGUCACCUUCUUAGGCUUCUUUCUCGGGCCGCUGUUCCCCGCCGUCAUUGUCGCCGCCACCAAACUCUUGCCCAACGACUACCACGUGAGCGCGAUCGGGUUCGCGGCCGCUUUCGGCGGCGGCGGUGCAGCAAUAUUCCCGUUUGCCAUCGGGGCCAUUGCCCAAAGCAAGGGAGUUCAAGUACUCCAGCCCAUCAUUAUGGCUAUACUCGUCUUCAUCCUCGCAUUAUGGCUCUGCCUCCCUGGAGGUUUCAGAUGUGGCGGGCUUGAGAGGGCGCGAGAGAACAACGAAGGACUUGGAAAUGACGUGCUCGGAAUUUUCCGCUGGACGACGCAGAAGGUUCGCGGACCUCCGUGA